AUGAUGAACAAAAGCAAUUCAAAUCUAAGAAUUGAGGUUCAAUUCUUUGACAUUUCAUACGAGGAGAUUACAAACAAGCUCAAGCAAGGUAGUAUCGAUGUUAAACUGUUUCUGGAUAAUGAUGGAAACGUAUCAGGAGUUGUGGACAAAGGUAACAUGUAUUCACUAUUCGUAAAGAAUGAACCCUUUCAAAUUACUUCUUCACCUAUAUUGAUCAAUAAGGCUCAUGUCAAACCAUGUAUACCUAAAAUCAUCGAACAAGAUAAACAAUUAAGUGAGUUGUUUAAAAAGAAAUCAUUGGUAGAGUUGAAGAAAGAAUUGAGGAAUAGAUUCCCAAACAAUGUCUUGCCUGGUGCCAAAUUUCCGUAUAGUUUAGAGGAAUUGUUUUUCAAUCAAAUAGACAAGUAUUAUGACUGGAAAGAUGGCGAUUGGAAGAAGAGCGAAUACCGUAAUAUUCCAUUCUUUGUAGGCAAUUCUGGCAAAUAUAAAGAAUGUACUAUCUCGGAUGAUACCAUUAUUGACGAAAAACCAUACCCCACAUGGCCUUCACAAGUACUUGCCGAAAUUGUGAGCUCUAACUUUUUCAAAAAACACUCAGUCGGCAUUUACAAACCAAAUUCUAUCUAUUUUAUUGUUUCAAAGAGGUUACCAAUAUUAUAUGUUGGUAAAUCAGGACAAGGAGUGAAAGAUAGAUUUUGUACAUCUUUUUACUGUCAUAUUAGAAAAAUGGAAUGGAAUAAGCUCAAUUACCAUUGUGGAGUUAGUAGUGACUUUGUAUUUGGGAUGAUGGAGCCAAAGGAAAUAUGUGUAGUAGCUUUCGAUGCUGAAUCGAUAUUUAAUUAUGUUAAGAGCGAAUAUGAUGAUGAUGGUCAUAUUUUGGCCAAACAAGUCAAUCGAAUUGUUGAAUGA